AUGUUCAUCACCGCCGUCGCCCAAUCCAUCACCAAGAAGUCUCCACAACAAGCCGCCAGAAUACAACAGGCUACACGCACCAUCACCACGGAUUCCUUUGCUUUCUACCCCGUGCGCAAGACCCGAUAUGAUCAAAUUGUUCCCACUUCCAUGUUCCAAGCCAACACACAGGCAGCCAUCAAGAAGGCUCCACAACAGGUGGCAAGGAUACAUAGCCCUGCUGGCCAAAGUGCUCCAGCUGAGAGCCACUCCUUUGCUUUCCACCCUGUUCAGAAGAACCGUGUCCGCACCGUGACUCCAAAGACGAAUCGCGUCUGCUAUGGUUUCUACCCCGCCAAUGUCGAGAAGACACAAAGUUUCAAGUCAUCAGCUUCCAUCAAGGACGUCAAGGCUAUGCGUGCUGCUUUGAAACAAAAGAAGCAGACAAAGAAGGUUGUCAAGCAAAACUGGGAUUUGGUUAUGCAAGAGAUGCGUGCCGUCAAGAAGACAAUCAAUGUUCUUCCUUAA